UAGAGCAGCUCCACUGAAAUACUUGAUAACAAAAAUCACUCAGUUUCCUCUCUUAUAAGAGACUCGGAGAAACCUUUCCUUUGCGUCAUUCGUGUCAUGGGGAAGUCGAACUGUCAAUGUCUGUUCUUCGCGUUUUUUUUUCUGUUGGUCAGUUUCCGGAGAGUCUUUUGUGCUGAGAACAAUACCGAUGCCUUCGGCCAAGAUUACAUGCUGAUCUAUCCUCCUCUGGAAGACGGGGGGAUGUAUCUUGCCUUGUACACGACGGAGGAUCUGGAGUUCAAUGUGACGGUCCUGAUACUCAGACAUGCCAAGCCCCUGAAUGAUAGCAUCAUCGUCAAGAACGACACGGUCACUAUUUAUACAGUUCCUUCCUUUUACAGAGCUGAGAAAUGGAGCGGGAUACAGCACUCCAUACAGGUGACAGCAGAGAAGGGCUUCAUUAUGCAUGUGUUGUUAACGAACGACGAAGGUGGCGAAUCUUUCCUGGCAAUACCUGUGAACCUGUUCGGCCCUACAUACUACAUCAUAACAGAUGUGUACAUGCCAUUCUUUGGCAUUGUCACGUCCACAUCGCCGACCAAUGUCUACAUCACCAUCCGAAACGACGCACCGUCCAAGUUUAUCUCACUGCUAGACGGACAGCUGGUCAAAGAUAAGGCUCAGUUCUCUCUCUCUUUCAACAGUGACGAAGCUAUCAUUAUAGUGAACUGUUCCUACGCAGAAGAAGUUGGCCCACUAACUGGUACGAAGAUUGAAACUAACAACAAUAUCGGGGUGAUUAUAGGCAACUGCAUCACAAAAUCUUGCCAGAAAGGCAACUGCACUGAGGAUCCCAUUGCAGAGAUGCUAUUUCCAGCUGAUAUUUUCGGUACUCAAUACAUAGUGUUUGACCUACACAGUAUGGGCGCAGAUAGUGACCUCGUCAUGAUGGUGCCCAUGAGCGGAACACGCGUGGUCUACUUCAACAACACGACCAGAAUAGAGCAGUCCUUACCCAAGGGACAGACCAAAAUAAAGGUUAUGAUUAACAUGAUGUUGACCUCCGACUACCCAAUCUCUAUCUACUACACCAUCACCGCGCACCUCGACGAUGGGUUUAACAUUGGCGUGGCAGCGGGAGCAAUCCUAACAUCCGUGGAGCAUUUCUAUCACAUUUUUUUGUUUAGCGACCUGAGCGCGGUGAGCAAAAUCGACUUUUCUAACUACGCCGUGGUCAUGGCGGACCUUGAGACUAGGGAGUCGCUGCGUCUUAACAAUGAGAAACCAAACAUUACGUGGUACGAAGUGAUUGGAAGCUUACACUUCCAACUCGGCUUUAUAAGCUUUGACCGAGGUCUGCAGCGGCUCGAGUCGAUCACAAUGUCGGACUUUGGCGUCAUGCUCUUUGGCUUUGAGAAAGACAGCAGUUACAUCCAUCCGGCUUCGUAUUUUUACCAUAAAAAGGGCACAGGUUUCUGCACGUUAGCGAUAGAUGACGUGUCAAUUGACGACAACAUAGACAAUGACUGUGAUGAUCUAAUAGAUGAAGAAUACGCAGACUUUCAAGGUAAUUUAUUUUCCUUUUUUUACUAG